AUGUCGCGCGUAGGCGGCUUCCGGGCUUCGGCAGGGGAUCUCGGCUUCUUCGAAGAGCCACCACGCCGCGCAGCAACAGAACGAUGGGACCGCGACAAGUUCGAGCGCAUCAGCCGCCUCGCACAAGAUGAACGCGACGCCUUCCGCUUCGACGACCGCGACCGCGACCGCGACCGCGACCGCUUCGCACCACCGCCGGCCCGCCGUCGAGAGGUCGAAGUCGACGAGCGACGGGAAGUCAGAGGACCCCGCGGCCGCUUCGAGGAGCGCGACCGCUUCUUCGACGAGGACCGGUUCGCGCGCGCCCCACGCCGGCCUGACUUUCUAGACGAGCCCUUGGCAGCCGAAGUCGCCAGCCGUGCCCUCGCUCCUUACCGCCGCAAAUCCGUCGUCGAGAGGGACGACUUUGAUGCUCCCGUCGUCAGGCGGAUGAGGCCUGGGUUCGCCCGUCGGCAAUCCUCCCUCGACACCUUUGACAGGAAGCCGCUAGCUCGCUAUGGCGAGGACUGGCGACCCCCCGCCAACGUAGACAUCCCUCUGCCCAUCCGCCGUGAGCAGUCCCGCCGCCGUCGCUCGCCACCUCGUGACCGCUACCGGGAACAUGAUUUUGAAGAGAUCCGCUACCGCGAUGUCGAGCCAGACAGAGAUGAGGAGUAUCGUGAUGUUCGCAUCCACAGAGAAAAGAGCCGCACCCGUCGCAGCCGCAGCGUAAGGGCCGCUUCCAGAAGGUCGAGCUCCAGCUCAAGCUCCAGCUUCGAAGAGAUCGAGCCGGUUCGAGAGAAGGUUAAGCGCGGCAAGACGCGGAUGCCUAAGCGGUUGGUGGAUAAGCAGGCCGUUAUUCAGUGCGGGUAUCCUUUCGAGGAAGAGGAUGACUUUAUCGUUGUCCGCCGCGCUCUACAGAAAGAGCAAAUCGACGAGAUUAUCAAGAUUAGCGAGACCUACAAGAAAGAAAACAACCGGACAACCUACCGCUAUGAAGAAACAACCCAGUUCGAAGUGCCCCCUCCUCCACCACCCCCUCCAGACUUCUUCGUCCCACCCCUACCGCCUCCUCCAGAAUUCUUCGCACCGCCGCCCCCUCCGCCUCCCCCGCCCGUCCCCGUCGAACAGGUCAUCCGCACCGAAUACGUGCAGCCCGCUCCCCCACCCCCUCCCGCACCCCCAAGCAUGUACUACCCAGCCCCGCAAUCCGUGCGCUCCGCAUCCCCCGGCCCGCGCCGCGAGCGCGAAAUCUACGAAGAGCGCUUCGAAGAGUCCAACCACAUCGGCGGCCCCCUCACCAUCGUGCUGCCCGAGCGCAAUCGCCGCAGCGACCGCGACAUCAAGCGCGAGAUCGCGUCGUUGGAGGCGGAGCGGCGGGCUGUCAAGCUGGAGCGUGAGGCUGAGGAGAAGCGGCAGCAGGCGCUGAUUAUUCGCGAGAGAGAUGAUUAUGAGGUCAUUGAGAGUAGUGGGAGUGUUGGGGGGAGCAGCAGCCGGCCGAGGGAUAGGGAUGUUGUAAGAGUGGAUAGGGAUAGAAGGGGAAGAAAGAAACCGGAUCCGAAGGUCGUGGCUAUGAUGAUGGGGACGCUCACGUAG